AUGGGGCCAGUUUGUGACACACAAGUUGAUGGCCAGCCAGAAGAUGGAGAAAAUGGGUCCCAGAUCAUGUAUCCUUGGGAACAAAUAAACUAUGACUUGGGCCACCUGUCUACAAGAAUAUCCAAUUCUACAUCCACUCACCUCACUGCCUUUCUGCUGACUGGAGUCCCAGGAUUAGAAGACUUCCAAAUCUGGAUCUCCAUCCCCUUCAGCUUCAUGUACCUUUUGGCUGUGAUAGGCAAUGGCCUGGUUAUGGCAGUGGUGGUUGGGGACAGGAACCUCCAUGAACCCAUGUAUCUCUUCCUGGCCAUGCUGGCACUCAAUGAUGUUCUCCUUUGUACUGUGACAGUGCCCCAAAUGCUUCUUAUCUUCUGGCAGGGUCCUUCCCCAUUAACAUUCCCUGCAUGUCUCACACAGAUGUUUUUUGUUCAUGCUCUGUUCCUCUCUGAAUCUGCUGUUCUCUUGGCCAUGGCUUUUGAUCGCUAUGUGGCUAUCUGUACACCACUCCAUUAUGCAACCUUUCUUACAGGUUCUCUCAUUAGCAAGGUGGGUCUGGCUCUGGUGACUCGGAGUGUGGCUGUGGUCACUCCUGGUGUCCUCCUCAUUCUCCGGCUACGCUUUUGCCGGGGAAACAUCAUCCACCAUACCUACUGUGAGAACAUGGGUGUUGCCAAGUUGGCCUGCAAUAGCAUUGCCCUCAAUAGCAUUUAUGGGCUCACUGCUGCUCUCCUCACCACAGGGCUAGACUUUGUCCUCAUCUCCCUGUCCUACUGGCUAAUCCUGAGAACAGUCUUCCAACUACCUUCUAGGGAAGCCCGGACAAAAGCCUUUGCAACAUGUGGAGCUCAUAUAUGUGUCAUCUUGAUAUUUUAUACUCUGGCCUUCUUUUCCUUCUUUACCCAUCGCUUUGGAGAUCAUGUACCCAAGCAUGUCCUUAUCCUCCUGGCAAACCUCUACUUACUGGUGCCACCCACUAUGAACCCCAUUGUUUAUGGAGUAAAGACAAAGGAGAUAAGGAUGCAUGUACUAGGGCUCUGUAACAAACCAAAAUGA